AUGGUAAACAAUACAUCGCUAAUCCUUUCUAUCGUAGACUGCUUCAGCCCCAAUCUUGCACAACGAUCGGUGGCAAGGGCUCGAGUUUCCUCCGAUCCAUGCCUACCUGCGCGUUUGCCUACGACAGGCUUUUUACAGCGAGAGGCCGAACAGAACGCACCAAGGGCGGUAUUGAGACAAUUACGACGCAGUCCCACACCACCUAGUCCAACUACCGAAUACCAUGAUGCGACAGAGGAUGCCCCACCUCACGUCGAGAGAAGGGGCAGUGUCUCCUCAGAAUCAGAUCAAACGUCUUCGACACGGUCUUUGUUUUCGUUUUCCAGAAGCCAACCCUCAGGGGGUUGGAAAGAGCCUCAACCCUUUGAAGUCUUUCGUGCUAUAGAGCGCAAGGAUAUCAUGUUUCUGAUGGAAGUUCGCGAUCGUGCUUUCCCUUUACUACUUCGCAAAACCGGAGAUGCUACCCCUCUUCUUCACGCUAUGCGUAUCGGACAGUCUCAUCGUGACGUUGCUAUCUUAUUGCUUGGAGCUUUCUCUCGUUGGAUCAAUCAUCUGGAAGACAGCGAGAUCAAUCUCCCACGGACAAGAGUUAUCCUCAAGGCUCUGCGAACAAAUCUCAAGCUCGGCAUAGAUUAUGGUCUCUAUAAAUCUCAGAGCGAUCUCGUGGCAUCUUUUAUGCAAACGCUGGUAAUGAGCGAGGGCGAAAAGUGGAUUCGUGCCCAGGUAUCAUCGGCGUCUCUGGCCUUGAGAUCUGGCAAUGCCGGAAAACCUGUUUCCACUGCUGAGGCGGCGGUGCGCAAGUUCGCCACUAAAGAACUAAGCAAAGCAGAUGCAAUCGCUGCCCUGGAGGAUUAUGUGGCAAAUGCUACGACUGACCUUUUACUUCUUGGAGCUUGGGCGAUCGCACUGGAAUCUAUCGAGGGGCAACCAAUACCGGUCUAUUAUUUCGCACGAGAUGACAGAGUUUUCAAGGCUUUCAUGGACAGAGCAAACACCCACCAAGCUACCAUUCGUCGCGUACUUAGCCGGCGCCUGAAGUGGCAAUUCCGCGUGCUGCAGAACGUGCUCGAAGGGAGAAACACAACUUAUCGAAGAAAAGUGGAAAUUUUGACCGAAGAAUUGGAUGAUGGAGAUGGGGUGUAG